GUGGCGCUAUCUCCAAUCUGUACGGAGUCCUGAUGGCCAGGCAGCGCUUCCUCCCAGAGGCCAAACACAACGGUAUGCAGGGUCUGCCUGUACUCACUGUCUUCACAUCGGAUCACAGCCACUUCUCCAUCAAGAGAGCCGCCUCCCUCCUGGGCCUUGGCACCAACAACGUGGUCUACGUCAGCUG